CGCCCUUUCCAUCGUCCACCCCGCCCAUGGAGUCGCCCGCCGCGGGCGGCGACCCGCGCCCGUCGCCGUCCGGAGGCGCCUCCCCGCCGCCGCCGCCACCUCCUCCCCCGCCGAGCGGGUGGCUCGCGGGCCUCGUCUCCGGCGCGGGCCGCCUCCUCGCGUCCGUGCUCGGCCCCGACUCCUCCCCGACCUGCUCCGGCUCCACCGCCUCGGGCCGGUCCGCCUCCUCCUCCCCGACCUCCGCCCGCCACACCCCCGCGCGCGGCGGCGGUUCCGGUCUUGAUGAUUCCAUGCGCUUUGCAUCGAAAAAUAACCAGUUAAACCAGAGUGAAGGCUAUGCCGGGGCAUCCCUCGCACUUAUCUCAGAAAUUGAGCCGAAAGAUGUCAUAAUGCAGCUUCUUAUGCAGGAAACCUUUUCAAGGUCUGAGUGCGCUAUGCUAAUCAAGAUAAUUCAAGAGCGGGUUGUGGAUCCAGAUUCACCUGGAGUUAUUGAUGGCUAUAUUCCUCUUCCGAUUAGCUGGAAGGCUGAGAAACAGCCAAACCUUGGAUAUUCUUCAUUUAGCCCAAAUGUGUCCUCACCUUCACCGUCAACUUUUCCAAUCCAUCGUCAUGGUUUUGAUAGUAAUGCUGCUGCAGACGCAGUUCCGACAAGAACUCCUGCCAGUCGUGGCCUUUUCAACCAUUAUGAUGACAACAUUGAGUCUACUAAAAAACGAAGUUACUCUGUCGUGCGGGAUACUCCCGAGGACCUUCGAAGAGUCAGGACAAAGAUUGAUGGAAAUCCGAUAAACAUCACAAAAUUUAAGCAAGUUGAUGUUGUUAGACAUCGGCCAGCAGGUGGUGACCAUAAAAACAAUGAGCCCACAUUCUUCAAAUCAGGUCCCAUUGAGGAUCCGAAGCAUGGCUUUCCUUUGAAGGUGAAACAUUUGAAUGACCUUAUUCCUUUUGAGAGAAAGAUGAUGGACUUAUCACACGAAAAUCAUAAGGAUGCUGCAUGUGAUGAUUCAGGUUCUGUUUCAAAAUUAAUGUUCAAGGAGGAUAUUGAGGCCACGCCUAGCUUACAAAUGGGCUUGCAGCUACAAAAUGGUUCGAAGAACCGAAGAAGAAAGCAGUCCAACUCCCCAAGGACAACUACAAAAAUUUCAGAGCCGCCUGCCAUGGGCACACGGAAUCAAGCCAACUCCCCAAGGACGACUCCAAAACUUUCAGAGCCACCUGCCAUGGGCACUCGGAAUCAAGCCAACUCCCCAAGGACGAUUCCAAAACUCUCAGAGCCACCUGCCAUGGGCACACGUAGCAAAAUCAGCGACAGCACGGUCAAAGUAGAGAUCGACUUGCUAGAGCAAAUCAUGCCGUUAUCGAGUGACAAGCAAGAUCCAGACUAUCUUCCGGAGAAGAAACCUGUUGGGAGGACGAAGAAGGGGAAGUGAACGUGAGGCGGCUUGUCCUUGAUCCUGUUUAUGGCGUUCUUGUGUUCUGUCAACUUCC